GAUGGAGGAGAGUUACUCAUUUACCAGAGACUCAUUUCACAACUUACCAAGGGUCAGCUUCCCAUGAGCAUGUUCAAGCUUGGUCCUCUCGGCCGUUCUCCGCUUGCCAGCUUGGACCCCGAAGGCCCCCCAGGCAGAGUGCAGCAUGAUCUCCAUCACCGAAUGGCAGAAGAUUGGUGUGGGCACCACCGGUUUCGGCAUCUUCUUCAUCCUCUUUGGAAUACUCCUGUACUUUGAUUCGGUGCUCCUGGCCUUCGGAAACCUGCUGUUCCUGACUGGCCUCUCCCUCAUCAUUGGCCUAAGGAAGACCUUCUCAUUCUUCUUCCAGCGGCACAAGCUCAAGGGGACCAGCUUCUUCCUGGGGGGCGUGGUCAUUGUGCUCCUGCGCUGGCCCCUCCUGGGCAUGUUGCUGGAAACCUAUGGAUUCUUUAGCCUGUUCAAGGGCUUUUUCCCUGUCGCCUUUGGCUUCCUGGGCAACAUCUCCAGCAUCCCUCUCUUGAGGGCGCUGUUCCAGAGGCUUCAAGGCACCAGCUCAAUGGUCUGAACAACAGAGAUGAGCUCCUUGAACUAGGAUCAUCGGUUGAGGGGACUGGAGGGAAAAUGAGAACCACCCCCUCAGUUCCCGCACCCAGCACUGACUCACUCCCCGUCAUAUCCGAACCUCUCCAAGUCCAGAAAGAAGGAUGGAGCAGAGCAACUAGCCCCAAAUCCCCAAGUCGACUCAAGAGCCUGCCAGGACUGUGGGACACAGAGAUCAGGGUCCCCUGGCGACCCCACUGGGGCUGGCAUCCCAUCCCCACCCUAUAUUUAUGGGAGGAAAAGUGAAGAUUAAACACCCCAAUCUGUGAGUGUGGCU